AAGUUAGUCUUUUGUCUCACUUGUGGGGGCGCAAUGGAAUGAGAGUGUAUCUUUGGCAUGGAAAAUGGUUUUGUUAUUACUCCUUGGAGAACACAAUUCCUGCUGUGAGUUAGCAAGGAUUCAGAUACUUCGGUGGAGGGAAACUAAACCAUAGUGAAUGUUUGUUUUAACUGGAAUGUUAUUUAUAUUGGGGAGGCUGUGGAUUGGAAAUUGGAGGAGUUCAAUCAUUUAUGUAGUCCAACAAUUCCUUUAAUAGUAAUCUACAUAAUGGCCUGAAGAAUCGCAUGGAGUAUCUUGCCAUAUGGCGAGGACCCAGUGAAGGUUUGCUAGUAAUGGUUAAGCCAAAGCAAAGACGGGGAUUGCAUCCUAGCAGAAGGUCCACUCUAAGUACAGAUACGGAUCUGUAUGGAGAAGACAGUUGGAUUGUGGUCAAAAAGCAGAGAGUGACCAUUCUGAUUCCACCGCUACCUGUGGCCAAGGAGUUUACCACACCAACCCCCAGGCCAAAUCAAUUGCAAGCUUUGUCCAGAAAAACAGUACACGAUCCAAUAGAAGUUUCGCUUGAGACUCAAGCUGGGGUUCCUUUACCUGAUGAGCAAGAGAAAUCCAUGGCUGUGGCUCCUGUAAAAGGUACUCAUAUUACUGGAGAAGCUCCUGCUGAGUGCACUUUGACAUUAGCAGAGCAACUGAUGACAGAUUCUAGACUUGAAUUAGAGACCCCCGAUCAAAAUGGUGCUUUAAAGUCUCUCAAGAAACUGAGUGUAUUCAACUCCUCAAAAUCUUUCAAGCGGCCGAGAAUGUUGCGCAGUCCCUGUAACCUCAUUGAUGGGGGCAUGUUACUAAAUCAGGGGCUGAGAGCAUUGAAUCUCGAGAGGAAGCUUAAAAAUUCUGGUGGCUUGAACAAGUGGCUUGCAUCACUGGGACUAGGGCAGUUUGUGAGGAUCUUUCAUGGGAAGAAUGUCAAUAAAUUUCAGUUGGCAAAUUUAACGAUGAAGAAGCUCAAGGAUAUGGGUGCAAAUGCGGUGGGGCCACGGAGAAAGUUGAUGCAUGCCAUAGACUGCAUUUCCCAGCCUUAUUGUUUUGAGGCCAUAUAAAGAUUUAUAUGAAUUUAGGCCCAACCGGAGAUGUGAAACUCAAUUCAGUUGGCCUGGUCUGUAAUUGAAAAUGGUAGAAAUUUUGGCCCGUUGAUAUUUCAGUUAUCCUAAUUAAUGGAAGUGAAUUCGUGUGGUCUCACAUGAUA